AGCCUCUGUGUUUAUUUGUCCUGAUGGUCACUGUAGUCUCAUUUAUUUGCACAUUCGGGACCCCUGGAAGGAGACAUGAUGAUUACUGCAUUCACAGUGCUGUUCUACCUUGGAAUGAAUCUGGAACCCAGGAACGCAGUUGCGGCAGGCACACCUCCCAUACCCACCCUUUGGGCUGAGCCAGGCUCUGUGGUCACCAAGGGACAGUCUGUUACUAUCUGGUGCAAUGGUACUCAAGAUGCCCAGGAGUACAAUCUGUGUAAAAAGGAAAAUUCAAAAGCCUGUAAGACACAGACCUUACUUGAACCUGGGAACAAAGCGAACUUCUCUAUUUCAUUCAUGACAGAAUAUCAUGCAGGAUCCUAUUACUGCUACUAUUACAACCCUGCCGGCUCGUCAGGAUACAGUAACAUCCUAGAGAUGGUGGUGACAGGAUUCUACAGCAAGCCCAACAUCUCAGCCAUGCCAAGCUCCCUGGUCACCUCAGGGGGGAAUGUGACCCUCCAGUGUAGUUCACACCAGGGAUAUGGAAGGUAUGUCCUGACUAAGGAAGGAGAAGAGAAUGUGUCCUGGAAUCAGGACUCACAGAAACAACCCAAUGGGCAUUUUAUGGCUCUGUUUCCUGUGGGCCCAGUGACUUCCAAACACAGAUGGGCCUUCAGGUGUUAUGGCUACUACAAGAGAACCUCCCAGGUGUGGUCAGUUUCCAGUGAUACCCUACAGCUCCUUUUCUCAGAUUCAGACUCACAAGAUCGCACAGUGGAAAAUAUCAUCAGGAUGGUUGUAGCUGUCUUGGUUCUGGUGGUUCUUGGGAUUCUGCUCUUUGAGGCUCAAAAUAGCCAGAAAACAUCUCAAGAUGCAGUGAGGAGGUGAACCAGAGAAGAGUGUAACAUUUAUUGUGGUAGAGACCUUGGAGAUGAAUCAUAUGAGUAGAGGAAAUCAUGGAUGAAAAUUUAUGGCAUAAAUAUAUGAACACUAUUGAGGACCCUGAGGACAACACCACCUUUGGGUACAGGGGAAAUGUCUGAGAGAUCUGUGAAGAGAACUCUACACCAAUUCAAUUGGGACAGAUUUUUGGCUUGAAUGAGAUGACCUCCAUAACCCCAGGCAUUUCAGAACUUGUUCCUCAUUUCGUGGAGCUGUUUGGAGGGACUUGGGAGGUUUGGCCUUGUUGAAGGAAUUGCUUUAGUGGGGACAGGCUUUGAUAGUUUAAAGACUUAUCAUUUCUAGCUCACUCUUCUGUAUCCAUUGUAAAUGUGUCUGAAAUACUCCAA